GCUCUAAAAACGGAAAACCUCCAUCUCGAACCUCGACACACCCCUUCUGUCAAACACCUCUGAGCGAGGCGGCGCAUUGCAUACAGAGCGGUGAGGAGGAGCCCAGCUCAGCUCUCUUUCCUGCUCUUUCUUUUCCUCGCCGGCGAGCGGGGCCAGCCAGAAGCGCGUGUCUCCUGAUCGUGCUCCCUGCUCCAUCUACUAAAUGCAGGGCUCGCCCAUGCCUUCCAACGCCCACAACGACGACAAUGACGACGAUGGCUCCUCCUCUUUUGGUACCGCGCUGACAGGGGCCGUCACCGGCACGAGCUACCACCCGCGGUCCUCGACGCCAAACAACGUGCCCGUGCCCUCUUCCCCGGGCAAGCGGCCGCCCACGCCGCUGCAGAUCGACGAGGAGGAGGGGCGCGAGGACGAGAGCGAGUCGGGCAAAAUUGACGGCCAAAAGGAGCAGCAGGAGCAUGAGCACGAGCAGGAGGAGCCUUCGCGGGGGAGUAACAGCCUCGGUGCGGGUCAGAUGGUCGAUCUCAACGAGGCCGACAUCGUCCGCGGCGUGCCUAGCGUCGGGCAGGAGGCUUCGUUUCCCUCGUCGUUGUCGUCAUCGUCGAUGAACACCGGCCUCAACACGCAGGAGGAAGCACCCGGGUCCAGUCGGCAGCAGGAGACGUCCUCUGAGCUUAGCACGCGGCCAGCGCAGGACGCUCCGCCGCUGCGGACAGCUUGGCACGCCAUGCCGGGCUUUGAGGAGCUCGACGAGAGCUGGGUUGCUCCUCUGGCUUCAGCUCCAGCUCCAGCUCCUGCUCCUGCUCAUGCACCUGCUGCUGCAUCGACGAGCCAGUUAGAUCCCCAAGAGCAGCUCCCUGACCAAGACAUGCCGCCCUUGACGCGAGCCACGUCUUCCAACGGGACCGCAAGGACGUCGAGCACGGCCAAGCCGCUGGCGAGCUCGGCCACCUCGCUCGAUUCGGCCUUUGAGAGGCGAAAGAGGUCGUCGCCGCAUCGGACCAGCAGCGACGAAAGAAGAGCACUGACUGACUCGGAGCUGCAAGCGGGUCCUUCAAGCCCGUCGAAGCGCGUCCCAAGCCACCGUCGAGUACGUCGGGGCAGCCACUCCCCUUCGUCGGCACCCGAGGACCUCGUCGAGCGAAGACCCGUGUCGCCGGUCCCCUCGACGGCGAGUCGAUCGAGCUCCAGCUCGGGAGCCAAGCAGGGCUCGCGCAACAUGCGGCAGGGUGGCGCUCCCGACGCCGAGCACUUUGGGACGGCAAGGGAGCGCAUCGUGUCGCGCUCGAGUCAGCCAGAGGGAGAGGAGCAGGAGGCCAGCACGAGCAAGGCCGUCACGGCAGAGGAAGGAGCGACGUUCAUCGAGCACGCAGAUGUGGCUUCGCCGCCGCCCAUGUUCAAGCCGGCAUGGGCACAGCCAAAGGGCCCCGGUGGGAGACGAAAAGGCUGGAAGGGCGACAUGUUUUCUCCCUCGAAGCUGCAGCGCAUGUUUGACCCUCCCACACCGCCGCCUCGGCAGCAGCCACAGGAGCAGCCACAGGAGCAGUCACAGGAGCAGGAGCGGGAGCCGAGAGAAGGCGGAUCUGCGGAGAAAGCACACGACGAGGGGCCACAGGAAUUUGCAAAGCAAGCAGAGGCCAAGGUGUCGCCUCCGAGGGGGCCAUUCACCUUUGCCUCUCCCUCGCCUCCCAUUCCUCGCACACCUUCGGUCGAGCGGGAAGAGCAGGAGGCGACGCCGGCGCGUAUAGGCGCCAACGGGAGACCCAUGUCGAGCCUCUUUCCGCCAGAGUACCGCGCUCGGCAUCGCGAUGUCAUCGAGACACCGCGGUCCGAGCGGAGGAUCCGCGCUGCUGCAGCGACUGUGCACCGUCAGCGAGGCUCGGCCUUGGCAAACGUGCUGGAGCGACGGCAGGAGAGUGCCGACGAAGACGACCUCGAAGAGCUUCGCGAGGGGGAGCGUGAGAGGGAGAGGGAACGCAAGAGACAAAGGCUUGACGAGCGGCCGAGGUGGUGGAAGGAGAGCGAAGGACAACAAGACCAGGUGUCUCUACGAAAGAGUGUGGGUCUGCAGGAAGCCAGAAGAGACUAUGUGAGGGAGGCGCCCGGCUUCAUGGACCUUAUUCGAAACACCAGACUGGCAAGUGAUCCUGCCACGGCGACCACCAUCGGUCCUCAAGCGACGCUUUCGAGAUCGAUCCUGAGCAUCAGCAGGGGCGACGCAAAGGCGCCCACGCCCAGGGCCUCGAUGCGACACGACCUGGAGGAGGAGGACGAGGGGUUGACAAGCCAUGAGAGCCCUCAACGGGCGUCGCAGAGGAGGAGACCACCGGGCUCGUCUUCGCCAUCCUCAUCUUCAGCCCAGGCACAACGCGAAUCACCCAUGAAGCUUCUGAGGCGCUGGAGCGCCGCUGCUCAGGUCGACAGCGAGAUUCAAGAGGAGCAGGAUGCCGAAGACCGGGCUGAGCAGAGGUGGUCGAACAGGCAGUCCCGUUCGCGUCUGCCCCUCGUCUCGGUGCAGUCGCCGAGCCAGCGCAUCUCCAGACCCGUCGAUGGCUUUGAGGACGAUGAAGAGGAAGAAUGGCGGACGACGGAAGGCGAAGAGGCCGAGGGUGUCGAUGAGGACGCAGACGCCGCAAAGGUGGCGCAGAAGGCCAUUGCUUCAUCGAGAGCACGUCAGAGCGCCCAGCACGCCGCCACGGCAGCAGGAGCCGGAGGUAUGCUUCGGAUUGCCCCCGAAGAUGUGCCUCAGGAUGAGAUGGACCUCCUUGGUGGGGGACGGAUGAGCUUUGACCGUAAGGCGAACAAGUGGGUGAGCAACAGAGGCAGCGGUGGGGCCGCGAGACGCCCUGGGGCCGAGAAGCGCUCCGAGGUGCUUCGAAGAGGUCUCGACGAUAUCAGAGAAGCCUUCCACGACGCCAACAGCCGCACUCGACGAGCCGCUGAGAACAGCGGCCAACAGAGCAGCGACUACAGCGACCCCUUUCGUGACUUUGAGAGCAUUGCUUCAGAUACGCGGCGAAUCAACGGCCCACUCUCGCCUGCCUCUUCCUCUCGACAGCAGCAGGAGCAGCAGCAGCGAGCAGCAGUGGCAGCGGCGCCAUGGAGAGCACAUGCACGAUCGGGCUCUGCGCUGAAGAAUGAGGUCGUCUUUACCGAGGGAGACUCGAUCAGCACGGCUUCUUCGCCCAGGGCAAACGACCUGCAAGUCCCACCACAUCGGUCUUUUGCCCCGCUCACGCCUCCCCACCCUGCCCUUCAGAUCAAGAGCGGGCACACCCAUGCCGCCCACACGCCCUCACCCUCGCGGCCCUUUACGGCGUCGCCCAACCCACCAAGAUCGAUUCUGAAGACGGCCGCUUCGCACACGGCCAUGCGCACCCCAGAAAGGGAUGACUCCCCGGCCAGACCAGAACCCAGGUCGAUCAGUUUUGCCGACGGCAAGACUGCUGGACCGAUGUACGGCAUUGGCAAGGCAAGAGGAGACCGACCCGGAAUCCACGAAGAGUUCAUGCCGGGCAGCAGCGGUGGCAGCUUCGACCGUUCCUACAAGGCCGAGAGGAUCGGUGAACUGCUCCAGGAGCUGGCCGAAAUUACGCUCAACGAUGGGAUGGCUGGUGAGGAGCUCGAAGAGACGCCGACGCGAAAGGGCGCCGUCUCGCUAGCGAGGUCCUCGAGUGCAAUGUCGACUGGUGCCGAUUUGAGAUCCCAUUGGUCCUACGGAGCAUUCCGGCGUCAACGGCAGGGCGAGGGCGAUGCGGGAGAUUUCAACCAGUCGUUUCUGACAAGCGCCUCUUUCAAUGUCGCGCACGAUCGCAUCCUCGAGGCUAUCACCGACGUGGCGCCUUGGGAGCCAGGCUGGGAAGAGAUGAAGACAGUCGACCUGAGCAACAGGAGAGUCGAGAGUGUCGUGCGCCUCAAGGAAUUCUUGCCACGGCUUGAAGAGAUCAGGCUGGACAAUAACCAGAUAUCGUACCUCACAGGCCUGCCAUCGACUGUUCGAACACUCUCCGUCCGCCACAAUUGGCUACCGGCCACAGUCUCGUUUGGUCAUCUGCUUCACCUCGAAACGCUCGACGUGAGCUUUAAUGAUGUCGAGUCUCUAUCUGCGUUGAGCUGCCUGUACAACCUGCGGAGCCUUAAGGCGCAAGGGAACGGCAUCGAGUCGCUCGAAGGUAUCGAAGACUUGAGCAAGCUCGUCGACGUCGAUUUGAGCAACAAUCAUUUGCAAGCCCUGAAUGCAGAUGUCUUGCACUGGCCCGCGCUGGAGAGCUUGUCGCUGAGCAGAAAUCAUCUCGUCACGGUGCGAGGGCUAUCGACACUACUGAAGCUCAGGUCUCUCAACCUGGACCACAACCGGCUUUCUCGCGUGGAUCUGGUACCGGCCAUGCCACGACUGCGUGCUCUUCGGGUGAGCGGAAAUGCAGGCUUGACCCACCUCGAUGUCGACCCAGCCCGCAGGCUGAGGACGCUGUAUGCCGACAAUUGCGCUCUGGACAAGGUUCAGAACCUAGACAGGCUCAAGAGGCUCGAAAAUCUCUCGCUGCGUCAGCAACACCGUCGGCAGGAGACUGUAGCCGGGCUCGUUUGGCCAGCACAUGAGGUCCGAGACUGCAAGCGGCUAUUCUUGUCUGGCAAUGCCUUUCGCGCGGGCAGUCUCGAGAACCUUGGUGGAUCCAAGAGCCUCCAAGUCGUCUCUCCUGCACCCUUUGCUCCCCCCGUCCGCUUUCUCAAUCUCGUCUACCUGGAACUGUCUGCUUGUCAAUUGACGUCGCUGCCCUCCGAUCUGCCGCACCUGGCGCCCAACAUGCGGCACCUCAAUGCCGACCACAACCUCUUUGCAACGCUCCCCUCUCUACACGGCAUGGCGCGCCUCAAGCGGCUGAGCCUCGUCGGCUGCCGCAUCAAGCGCACGCGAAACAUCAUCGAGGCACUCCAGGGCAUGGUCGAGCUGCACGUGCUGGAUGUGCGCAUGAACCCAUGCACCCUCGGCCUCUACCCUCCCCUCGUCGUCGCCGUCUCUGGGGCGUUGGCUUCGGGCCCGAAUCCAGUGUCGAUGACAAAGGCGGCGUUCCUGCCGCCGAUCCCGCAUCCAGACGUCGUGCAGCCCGACGUGGCGAGGCGGAUGGAGCGAGAGGCGAAGAGGAGUCUGCAGAGGCAAAAGAGGCUCAAUGAAAAGUCUUUCUUCCACAAGCGGCGGCCUAGCGAUUGGGACCCUGCCAUCGGGCGAGGACACGACGAUGAAGAGGAGGACGAGGACGAGGACGAGGAGGAGGAAAGCGGGCACCUUGGCGACGAAGGGCAGGCCGACGAUGAGGAAGAAGAGCAAGUCAACGAAGCGCAGAGGGGUGCGAAAGGCCCGGCAAAGAAGGUGACCUCCGCCACACUCUUCUCAAAGACGGACGAGGCAUUCUCCAAGACGCUACCGCCUGCCUUUGCGACGAGGAGGCUGCUCCAUCGGGGCACUCUGGCCAUGGCGUGUCCCAAUCUGACGUGGCUCGAUGGCCUGCUUGUCGAUGAGCACGAGGUUCGGAUGGCUGAUGAGAGGCUGAGGAUGAGGAGCGGGUUGCGGUAGUCUUCUUCUCCAUCCGGUUCAGGAAAAGCAGGAGAGAGAGAGAGUUUGUGUGUGUGUUCUCAUAUCAUUAUCUUGUACUAUUACAUUUUCAUCAGCAAUUGGAGCAGGAGGUAUGAUGCAGAG